UGCUAUAAUCUGAUUAUCUGAUUCAUAUGGUAUCUUGAGUCAAACUUUAAAAUGCAGUAAUUCCUCUCGUGUUUCUUUUUUUCUGUUUGGUAGAUCCCAUCCGUGUUCUCUCUACCAGGUAAGGAAACAGUAGAACAGAAUAGCUGUAAUACAUGUCUGUUGUGUCUCUUCUUUAUCGUAAUACCACUCCAGUCCAGAUGGUGGCGGUAAUGUAACUGUAAAAAUAACAGGAAGAAGAAGAAGAAGAGUAAUACAGUCUAGGAGAGCAGGCUUUGUGUUUGGUUUUCAGGAAUAAUCAGCUUUUCUCUUAACUGGAUCCAGUGUUUUAUUUCUUGGUAAAUAGUGAGUCUUCUCCGGAUUACUGCAGGAGGAGACAGUUUUAUAGAAGGCACAGCAGAAGGUUUGUGUUUGGUCCUAUGUUCUGAAAGGAUUUUGAGAGGCUCUAUUACACAAGACGCUACUUGGCCAUUGAAGGACCUGUUCCAGCAUCAGUCCCACUACUUCACACAGAUCUGAAUGCUGUCCUGUUCCAGGUCUCCUGCUCCUUGUGUCAACUUUUUUGGCUACAGAAAAACACCCAACCAGAACAUUUCACAAAGUGGUUAAACAGAAAGACGGAACAAACAUGGCAUCCAAAAAAAUCUCCAGUUCUCAGCAAACAUCCUCGUCUACCCCUCCCAAACAAAUGCAGAAAAGUACAGAUAAGAAAAAAACUCACCACUGCUCAGACUGUGGGAAGAGUUUUAAUAUACAGGGUAAUCUCCAACGACACCAGCGCAUUCACACUGGAGAGAAACCGUAUCACUGCUCAGACUGUGGGAAGAGUUUUAGUCGUCAGAGUCAUCUCCAACUACACCAGCGCAUUCACACUGGAGAGAAACCGUAUCACUGCUCAGACUGUGAAAAGAGUUUUACUUGUCAGAGUACUCUCCAACGACACCAGCGCAUUCACACUGGAGAGAAACCGUAUCACUGCUCAGACUGUGGGAAGAGUUUUAGUCAACAGAGUACUCUCCAACAACACCAGCGCAUUCACACUGGAGAGAAACCGUAUCACUGCUCAGACUGUGGGAAGAGUUUUUUUGUUCAGAAUACUCUUAAAAUACACCAACGCUUUCAUACUGGAGAGAAACUGCAUCACUGCUCAGACUGUGGAACGAGUUUUAGUCAUCAGCUUUAUCUGCAACUACACCAGCGCAUUCACACUGGAGAGAAACCGUAUCACUGCUCAGACUGUGGGAAGAGUUUUAGUCUUAAGCGUACUCUUCAACUACAUCAGCGCAUUCACACUGGAGAGAAACCGUAUCACUGCUCAGACUGUGGCAGGAGUUUUGGUCGUCAGAGUACUCUUCAACGACACCAGCGCAUUCACACUGGAGAGAAACCGUAUUACUGCUCAGAUUGCGGUAAGAGUUUUACUCGUCAGAGUACUCUCCAAAAUCACCAGCGCAUUCACACUGGAAAUAAACCGUAUUAUUGCUUUGAUUGUGAGAAGAGCUUCCUUUAUUCAAGUAGUUUGAAGAGUCACAAAUGCUCUAAGGUUAAGGAUAGAAGUGGUCUGUAAAACAUCAAUACAACUUUCUGGAGUAACAGACAGCUCCAAAAAAGAGGUGGUUUACUGGAUUUAGAGUAAAAAAAAUCUGUAAGUUUUGUUCUGAAAUGUGCAUGGGAACCCAACAUGCUGGUUGUUGUGAUGAACACCAUGUCCACAUGUGGUAGUUUCACCGAGUUCACUUUCUAGAAUGAGUUGUGGCAACAUUGUGGCAGUAUUGUAGUCUGUUAUGUUUGCUGGAUGAGCUGUAUGAUGAUCAAGGUAGGGUUUAUGUUUGCUGGGUGAGCUGUAUGAUGAUCAAGGUAGGGUUUAUGUUUGCUGGGUGAGCUGUAUGAUGAUCAAGGUAGGGUUUAUGUUUGCUGGGUGAGCUGUAUGAUGAUCAAGGUAGGGUUUAUGUUUGCUGGGUGAGCUGUAUGAUGAUCAAGGUAGGGUUUAUGUUUGCUGGGUGAGCUGUAUGAUGAUCAAGGUAGGGUUUAUGUUUGCUGGGUGAGCUGUAUGAUGAUCAAGGUAGGGUUUAUGUUUGCUGGGUGAGCUGUAUGAUGAUCAGGGCUGGGUUUAUGUUUAUAUGAGACAUUAUGAGACAUUAUUCACUUGAGCAAUGCUAUAACAGACCAGCGUCUUAGAAGCGGAGUGAACAUGGCGGGUAAUUCUACACACAUUUAAUUUAUUUCACUUCCUUCUACUACUUGAUACUUGAACAUAUUAAAUGUAUUAAAUGUUAAAUACUUCAGUAAUAAAAUGACCAAUAACUUUC